GUUUCCAGGUUUCUGGAGCGACACGUGCAGUGCGCAAACUCUGAGGUCGUGCCACCGACUCACGAAGAUUCCGUGUGGUCACGGAGCGUCGCGAGCGUCGCGAGAGCGUCGUCGCCAUGACGAAAUUCCGCGAAAAAGAGUCUACUUUUCUCGAGUCAAGAGUAUUCCAUCUCUCUCCCUCUUUCUUUUCCAUUGUCUGUCAUUCUUCAUCUACUAGAAUUUACCAUCAUCCUUUGUGCCAUUCCUCUAAUACGUGUAUAGAAAAUUCCGAGGGAAAAUGUCGACGGAUCAUCAGUCUUUUUUAAUUUUUUCUUUUUUUCUUCUUUAUUUUUUCCAUAAACGCGAUGAUUUUACGAUCGGUUUUUAAUUCGAAUUAAUAUAAUACAUAUACACAUACACACGUACAGGCACACAUAUACACACAUAUAUAUGUACAUACAUAUAUAUACAUACGUAUACAUAUCAGGUGUUUCAAUUGCUUCGAAAAUGAUUGAAGAUAUUCGUGUCAGCUUUGUGUGCUUCCUGAUCAUAACUUCGAUCGUCCUCUCUGAUGCAGGUCAAUUUAUGACGAAAGAACAUCGAACUCAUGCUGCUUCCGAACGGCCAAACGAUUUAUGGUGUUAUCAAUGCAGUACCAUGCCUGAUGGGGAAUUGUGUUCCGAUCUUUCCACUAAUCACAGUUCCUUUAUUCAAAAGUGUCAGGACGAUAAAAGAAUUUGCAUGGUGAAGCGAUUUUCUUAUACGACGAGUACAGAAAAUUCGACUUCCAGUCCUCAAUUAUGGUCGUUGGAAAGAAAUUGUACGAGCAAAUGUGAGCCCGGUUGCAUCGUUAUCGGUGAAAGAACGAAACUUUACGCUUGCACCGCCUGUUGUGAUAAAUCUUUGUGCAAUACCGGAACCGGAACUGCCAACGAUCUUACGAUGAAAGAAAUCAAUUUCGUUUUAGCUCUUAUACUUCAAAUCGUAUUAACAAUUACCAUGUAUCCAUCGUGACAUUAUCGAUAAAAUAUUAAAAAAUAUUAAGUUUCACGCACUUCUCUUUUUAUUU